GCACAUUUGACGCAGAUAAUGGUAACAAUGCAUGUCAUAUGAUCGUGUUUGGGCUGCACCAGCUGCAAUUUCUUUGCAGCACCAUGCCGGGGCUCUGUUGUUGUUCAGACUGAAUAUUGGACGAUGGGGAUCCAACGUGGGCAGGCCUUAUUGGCACUGUCUUCUGGCACAGGCAGACUGCUUUUAGUCUGUACGGCGUGUCUGCUGGGCGCUGUGGCCAUUUCGGAAUUGUUCAGGCCCACGCUCUUGCUCGUUGGCGAUGUGACAGUGGAUGUGGUGGAUGGUAAAAGGGCCUUGGGAGGUGCUAUAUCUUAUGCAGCAGCAGUAGCCAGUGCGUAUGGCAUUCGCGCAUGCGUGGUGACAGCUGCAGGACCGGAUGCAGAUCUGUCAGUAUUCCGGGGCCAUGAUCUGCAUGUGAUCUCUACAAACAACACCCUCACCUUUGAGCACUCCUACACUUGGUGGGGCAACAAGCGGAAGCUGCGCGUGACGGCGACGCCUAAUGUGACGCUGAGGGUGGAGCAUGUUCCGCCGCACUGCCGCCGCGCGCGCACCGUGCUGCUCGGGCCGCUCACCCCUGAUGAUCUGGACGCCGCCAGCUUCAUCCGGCACCGCCAGGGGGUGUGGGAUCGCGCGACGGGGUUCCGGCAGGCGGUGGGGCUCAUGGCGCAGGGGCAGCAGCGAAGCCUGGACGCCUCCGGCCGCGUCUCUCCUUCCAAGGAGCCCAGCCCCCAGCUCCUGGAGGCGUUGGGCCCGCGGACGUCGGUGUUUCUGUCGGAUGUGGAGACUGAUGUGUGGCCGCCGGGGCUAGUCAACGAGCUGGCCAGCGGGUCCGCGCGCUGGCUCAUCACCCGCGGCGAGUUUGGCGCUGAUGAAGUCGUCGGCAACUCCUCUGUGCACCUCCCACCGGAGAAGGUGGCGGCGGUGGACACGAAUGGGGCGGGAGACACGUUUGCGACGGCGUACAUGCUGGCGCUGGCGCGGCGCGCGGGCAGCCCGGGGGCGGUGGCCAACUGGGUGGCCAGCCGCGCGGUGAUGCAGGCGCAGGCCUGCAAGCCCCAGUGCGUCCUAGAUGGCAUCGUGCUUGGAUCCUCCUACGCGCAGUACCGGCAGUGGGUCCGCACGCAGGCUGAUAGAGCGUCGCGUACAAUAAUCACACCAGUGACAGCUGCCCUGCGGCCUGUGACACAGCGGGUGCAGGGUGGCUUCGCAGCCUUUGUCAGCAAGUAUUCCUCUGGCAAGGGCGGCGCUUCUUCUGCCGGGGAGACAGGCCUCAACGCAGCUCCCUCUGCAUUGGGCGGUUAUGCGGCAGCAUUCAAUGGGACCCAGCUGUUUCUGCGGGGUGUCGUAGAGAGUUUCGGGGCCAAUGGCAUGAAUGGCCUCCUGCAGAAUGCGCUCAGCAAAAUCAGGGCCAUUCUGCAUGCCUGAAAACGGGCACCUCAGUGGUCAGGAGUCAUUACUCUAUGUCCGUCCAGUAGGCCCUAGCUGUAACGGUGGCGCAAGUGUUCUGGUGCUGAAGUGAGGGAGUCAUUGCCAUGUGAGAGCGGUGAGGAGCAAUCUCAUUGCCUGCUUGAACCGUGCCUGUGUCUGUCUUGCUGCUUCACCAAUCGCUUAGCGCUACUCCCAUGUACCACCAUAAGAGCAAUGCAGGCACACCUGGCCGCAUGUCGGGUCCGUAGAAGUCCUUUCCUUCUACAGACCCAGAUUCGUGCCAGUUCAAGACUAGUUCAAGAUAAGUAGCAUAGUUUGUAGGUAGACAGAAGGUUUUCAUGCGCUUGCCACAAGUGUGCAGCGUCCGUGGAUGAGAGAAGGGAUUUGCAGACAUGGUGUAGUCACCAUGCAUGCUUCCUUAUGUGGCAGAUUGAUUGUGUGGUGCUGAUUGUGUGGACAGUGCCUGCUUGUGACUCAGGGUCAAUCUUGGAUGUAGCUCCAUGUGGUCGCAAUGAAGCUCAGAAAAAGGCUGACCCAUUGAAUCAAGGUGCAACCAUGGAUAUAAAUAGCUUCAAGCC